UUUUGCAUUGUUAGUGUGUUGCAAACCAUCAGCACGGAAAGUUUUGUGAUAUUUUUGUUGCGGCAACUAACCAAUUGUGACACUUGCCCCAGCAUUUGAAGCAUUGGGAAAGGACUUGGAGCGGAAUUGAAAAAGGCAUACGGUGGAAGUGGCAAAGCCUACAAAGUAAAAUUUUGGAAAAUCAAUUGAAGUGAAAAUUUAUUUUAAAAUCUGUACAGCUAAGCGAGUAUUUAUUUUAAUCCAAAAAAAUAUAUAGAAAUUUACGAACAUUGCUGUGCAAUUUAGUGUGGCACGAGCAGCUGUACUACAGUGACUCAAUUCGAUUCGCUCGCUGGCUACGCACGCUCGAUGUUUGUGCCCUGGCAGUGUAUUCGGGCUAUUGAAAGUGAAACUAAAAUCCUGUAGCACGUAAAAAGGAACACUUAUAGAUAAAAAAAAAGCUGCAUUUUGUGAAUAGAUUCUUAGAUUAAAAUUGAAUCAGCAUAUCCUUUGGGAUAUCACACCACGAAAGUAAAGAGAAACUCUAAAGCUGGGAAUCGUUACGAUAGUUUCCCGUGCGAUUCGCUUUUAUUAGUGUGUGUUUGUGUGUUAUAAACGGCUUCAAAAUUAACUAUUCAAAGUACCAUCACAACGCUAUGUCCUUGUCGGCCAUAGCAAAGCCAAUACUCUAUUCGUAUUGGCGGAGUUCCUGUUCGUGGCGUGUACGCAUCGCUCUCAAUUUGAAGGAGAUACCAUAUGACAUCAAGCCCAUUAGCUUAAUCAAGUCAGGUGGCGAGCAGCAUUGCAAUGAGUAUCGUGAGGUGAAUCCGAUGGAGCAGGUGCCGGCAUUGCAGAUUGAUGGCCACACACUUAUCGAGUCCGUAGCUAUUAUGCACUACUUGGAAGAGACGCGUCCACAACGUCCACUGUUGCCACAAGAUGUGCACAAACGCGCUAAAGUGCGUGAAAUUGUAGAGAUUAUUUGUUCGGGUAUACAGCCCCUACAAAACCUCAUUGUACUCAUUCAUGUCGGCGAAGAAAAGAAAAAAGAAUGGGCACAACAUUGGAUUACACGCGGCUUUCGGGCUGUCGAGAAAGCACUUUCCACCUCGGCCGGCAAGUAUUGCGUGGGCGAUGAGAUUUCCAUGGCAGAUUGUUGCCUGGUGCCACAGGUCUUUAAUGCAAGACGAUUCCAUGUCGAUCUUCGUCCAUAUCCGAUCAUCUUGCGCAUCGAUCGUGAACUGGAGGCUAAUCCUGCUUUCCGUGCAGCUCAUCCCUCCAACCAACCAGACUGUCCACCGGAGUUGCCAAACAAAUAGAAUUUUCCGUCAACAACUGCAAAGCGCCGCAAAACUAAAAAGUGAUCGCGAGUAGCAUAACAACAGAAAGAGCAGCAAUAACAAAACAAACAAAAAAACUAAAUGCCAUAACAGGCGAAGGCGAGCGAAUAAAAUUGAGAAUGUAAAAACAAAUGUGGCCGUCACAAGCAGUUGAACAAAUUGAAAAACAAGUACUUGAAAAGAAUUAUGCGAUCGGAAAAAAUUAUAACAGAAAAAGCAAAAUGCAUACAAAUCACAUUUUAAAUGAGAACUUGUAAAAAUAUAACCAAUUGACAAAGAGAAAAAAAGGUAAAAAGGAGGUAAAGAGAAGAUAUGAUAGCUUGAGCCCUCAAAGUGGCCAGCGCUAUUGACUUCUUAAACAAAAAAAAAAACAUAAAAAUUGUGAAAGUAAAACUCAAAGAAAAGAAUUGUGAAAGCUGUUUAAUCAUUUGGAAAGUGAAAAAGCAUUAAAAGUUUUGAAAUAUUUGGCAACAAUUGUGAAAAUUAUCUAAAAGAUAUGAGCACAUACGUAUUUAUAUAUUACUUACACAUACAUACAUUCAUACUCACACAUUAAAUUUAGAACUAUGUUUAAGCGCUAAGCAUUACUUAAAAAAAAAGUCUUCACAAUUUCAAAUUUCAAAAUGACAAAAAAA